UAAUGAACUAUAUUUAUAUAAAGAAUAAUUGAUUCUUUUUGAUUAACACAAAAAUGGGAUAACACAAAAGUCUUUUUAAGUAGAAAAAAUAUCAAGAGUAGUAUUAUUUAUUUGUUUUUUUAGGAUUUUAAAUCCAUAUCAGAAAUCGAUGUAAACAACUUUUACUUUCUCCCACUUCAUAAUGUAAACUGACGUAAAGUCACGUGUACAGAUAUGAACAACUCACGCAAAAAAUUCUUGUACAAUUCAUUCAAUUAAUCCGGCAACGUUGCCCGCGAGUCCAUUCAACUUUCAAAUUUCAUCAAGAAGUCAGUGUUGACUCUGCCUUCAUCGAGAGUCUUUCAUAUAUUUCAGAAGAUACCUUCUUAAUUUUGUCAAUCAUUUUUAUAAAUUUAUUCAAUUUAAUUCUUCUGUUAACAACAUGUCUCUAAAACGUAUCAACAUCAAUCAAAGUCAGUUAAGAAGAUUUAGCUCAUUGCCUGACCUUCCAGCUUGUAAAUAUCCAACUCCAAUCUAUAAAAAAUAUUUUAUAAUGACAGGGUGCCGAUUAUGAAUUCAUUAGAGCUUCAAGAGAAAUUCCAAGUGAACGACCUGCUUACAAAAAGCCUCUACUUAUUCAUGAGGGUCAUGGCCAGUGGCUUUGGGAUCAUACAGGCCGUCGAUACCUUGACAUGUUUGCAGGAAUCGUCACCGUAGGUGUUGGACAUUCGCAUCCAAAAAUUGUUGAAACUGUAUCGAAACAAAUUUCCAAGUUAGGCCUUACAACUGUACAUUACAUGCAUCCAAAAUACUACGAUUAUGUAAAUAAACUCAAAAAAAAGAUGCCAGAUAAGUUAGAUGUGGUUUAUCUAGUCAAUAGUGGAUCUGAAGCAAAUGAAUUGGCCUUUUUAAUAGCUAGACUUUAUACAGGCGCUCAAGAAAUUAUUUCUCUACAGAAUGGUUAUCAUGGAGGUACUUAUGUUACUCAGACAGCUACUGGAAUGUCUAUAGCAAAAUAUCCAGUACCUUUUGCACCAGGAUUUCAUCAUGUGAUGAAUCCUGAUGUUUAUAAAGGUCUUUGGGGUGGUCCACAAUGUCGAGAUUGUCCAAUAUCUCGUCCAGGUAAUUGUCAAUGCAUCGGAAAUGAGUGUAUGGCUGCAGAAAAUUAUUUCAGUCAAUUGAAAAAUACAUUCAAUCAUGAACUUUCAUCUUCUGGAAAAAUUGCAGCUUUUAUUUCUGAAAGCAUUCAAGGCGUUGGAGGAGUCGUACAGUAUCCAAGGACUUAUUUAAAGAAAGUUUAUGAAUUUGUGAAAAGUAAAGGAGGUCUUUGUAUUGCUGAUGAAGUUCAAGCAGGCUUUGGUAGGACUGGGGACCAUUUUUGGGGCUUUGAAGGCCAUGGAAUCAUGCCAGAUAUUGUCACGAUGGCUAAAAGCAUUGGUAAUGGUUUUCCUUUGGGUGCUGUAGUGACUACUAAAGAAAUCGCUGAAUCCUUGAAUAAAGCUAUGAGAGUGAAUACUUUUGGAGGCAAUCCUUUAGCUUGUGCUGUAGGUGAAACAGUUCUUGAUAUUAUUCAAGAAGAACGUCUUCAAGAAAAUUCAAAAGUAGUUGGUACUCAUCUAUUACAUCGUUUGAGUACAUUAAUGCUGGAUCAUCCAACAAUAGUAGGAGAUGUAAGAGGAAAAGGCUUGAUGAUUGGAAUAGAAUUAAUUUCAAAUGCUACAACACGAGAACCAAUGCCUUCGACACAAGUUCUGGAUUUAUUUGAAGACAUAAAAGACAUGGGAGUGCUUGUUGGAAAGGGUGGAGUUCAUGGAAAUGUGCUAAGAAUAAAACCGCCUAUGUGCAUUACAAAAGAAGAUGCAGAUUUCACAAUAGAGGUUCUAACAAGAUCAUUAGAAAAACAUCGAGAUCAAAAUAUAGUAAAUAAAGAGUCAGUGUUUUUUGGAGGUGUUUAAGUAAACAAGAUCUUAUCUGUGAUAAAUAGAAUCUUUAUAUCAUACACAUUUUUUACAAUUGUAUAAAUUAUUAAGAGAAUACGGUUAACA